AUGGUGCGAAAGAACCUGCUCUCUUAUGCCCUUCUGCUUGCCGUCCUGAUGCCGAUCGGGAUCAACCGCAGCCUUCCAGACAAGGCUUUCGCAACGACGAGCUUGAGGAAAGGAUCGGAUUCGUCAUUCUGCUUCGGCACGGUGAGAAGGGGGCAGACUAGACUGGCGAAGACCCGCAGUGUUUCCCAGAAAGCUGGAGGACGCGCAGCAUCCACACUUUCUUACUACCUGGUUUGGUCUCCGGGCAUUUGGCCAAAGAUGGUGUUCUCCUUUGCCACACUAGUCACUCUUCAGCUUGUGGGCGGCCAUCUCUUCAGGGUGAGUGGCCUAGCAUGUCCAGCCAGUCUUUCCCUUGUUCGGCCCAUCUGGGACCUUCUCCUGCUACCGCUACUGUCGAGUGCCUGCUGCGGAAUUCAGCUCCUUGUCAACGCAUUGGUCGGAGCUAGUGGCUGCGCCGGAUUCAACAAAUGGUUUGGCCCUCUUCGGCCGUACUUUCUCGGAUCUUUGCUCAGCACGACGAUUGUAUCCAUUUUCCGGAGACACGCGGAUUUUCGUUUCAUUUGGUUGCAGUGCAUUCUCGCUUUUUUGCCGGAGCUUGUCCACCUUUGGAAUCUGCACGGACCUCAGGGGCGGGGGAUCAACACUGCACCCUCACACACCGUUGACCUAAGCAUUGCCAGCAUGGGCUGCGUGGCCUGCAUCAAGAAGGUGGAGACCAGCCUCCGCGAGGUCCCCGGCGUCUUGCGCUCGGAGGCCUGGCUCGAGACGGGAAUCGGCGGAAGGGCUCGGGUCCAGUGCGGCGUCUCGGAGACGGAGGUUCCUGAACUGACAGCGAGGCUUUCAAGGGCCGUUGAACGUGCAGGCUUCGAGCCUUGCAGGGUGGUGGGCGUGAAUCUGGGAGAGCCCUAG